UGAGAGAGCAUAAAAGUCCCCAAACUGAACAGCACGUAUAGGAAACUUCAUUGAAAAUUCCACUUUUAAUUGAAACAUAAAAUUUGAACUAUCCACCAUUAACUAUGCACAAAAUUCUUUCAACUCUCCGAUCUAUUCUCUUUCAUUUGUCUAUGGCAACUUUAGAUCCAGUCCAAGAAAAAACGUUUCUCCAAUGCCUUGCUACUCACUCAACACCAUACCUACCAAUCUAUGAAUCCACUUAUUUCCCUACUAAUCCUAAAUACAAUUCCAUUUUACAAUCAUACAUAAGAAACUUAAGAUUCAACUCAUCAACAACCCCAAAACCUUUGUUUAUUGUAGCAGCUACACAUGUAUCUCACAUCCAAGCAUCGAUCAUCUGCUCGAAGAUCCAUGGCAUCGAGCUUAGAAUUCGAAGUGGUGGGCAUGAUUACGAUGGACUUUCGUAUGUAUCAACUGUACCCUUUAUCAUUCUCGACAUGUUCAAUAUGAGAUCGGUGAGUAUCGACAUAGGAGACGAAAGUGCUUGGAUCGAGUCUGGUGCGACACUCGGUGAAGUUUAUUAUUGGAUUGCGAAAAAGAGUGGAAUUCAUGGAUAUCCGGCUGGAGUUUGCCCUAGUGUUGGCGUUGGAGGGCAUUUAAGUGGAGGCGGGUACGGUAACUUGAUGAGGAAGUUUGGUUUGUCGGUUGAUAAUGUUGUUGAUGCGGUGAUUGUUGAUGCUAAUGGCAGAGUUUUGGAUAGGGAAGGUAUGGGAGAAGAUCUGUUUUGGGCUAUUAGAGGAGGUGGUGGUGCCAGUUUUUGUGUUGUUGUUUCUUGGAAAAUUAGGUUAGUUCUUGUUCCUGAAAUUGUCACAGUUUUUAGGGUUGAAAAAACAUUGGAAGAGGCUGGUUUUUCAGAUAUGGUUUACAAAUGGCAGAAUGUGGCUGAUAAAAUUGAUCAAGAUUUGUUCAUAAGGUUAGUUUUGAACCAUGUUGUUAGAAAUGGACAUAACACAAUAAAAGCUAAAUUUAAUGCCUUGUUUCUUGGAAGUAAAGAAAGACUUAUUGAUUUAAUGAAUGAGAAAUUUUCUGAAUUGGGGUUAGGGAUUAAAGAUUGUAAGGAAAUGAGUUGGAUUGAAUCAGUUUUAUUUUGGACAAAUUAUGAUCCAAUUGUGACUUCUUUAGAUGUUUUGCUUGAAAGACAUUCUACAGAAGAAAAAUUCUUGAAGAGGAAAUCAGAUUAUGUGCAAAUGCCAAUAGAAAUUCAAGAUCUUGAAGGAAUAUGGGAGAAAUUGAUUGAACUAAAGAAGGUGACAUUGACAUUGAAUCCAUAUGGAGGAAAAAUGAGUGAGAUUUCAGAAUUAGAAACUCCAUUUCCACAUAGAAGUGGAAACAUUUACAAGAUUCAAUAUUCAGUGAAUUGGAGAGAUGAUAGUGUUGAAAUGGAAGAACAUAAUUUGGAUAUAAUUAGGAAAAUGUAUGAUUAUAUGACACCAUUUGUGUCAAAAUUACCAAGAUGUUCAUAUCUAAAUUAUAGAGAUGUUGAUUUGGGUAUUAAUGAAAUUGGAAAUGAAAGCUAUGAAGAAGCUAGUAAAUGGGGAUUGAAGUAUUUUAAGGGUAAUUUUGAGAGAUUGGUGGAAGUGAAAACAAAGGUGGAUCCAACUAAUUUCUUUAGAUAUGAACAAAGCAUCCCUUCUCUUGAAGCAUCUUGGAAGAGUGGAUUAAUGGCAGAGAAGUAAUUGUAGGUGAGUUUUAUAUUUGACAACUUUCAUAUAUAAUUGUUGUCAGGGAGAUAAUAAAAUGUUAUGGUACACCUGAAUCCUAUGAAGCAGGACACUCCUCCGGAACACGGCGGAAAUACGGAGGGGAUAUAUAUCUGACACGGAAAAGCAUAUGUCCCGACAGUAUUUUUUACUAUUAAAAGAGAGGGGACACAACGGGAACACUUCUGGGAUAUUUUUUUGUAGUAUUUUAGUUAAUUUAAAUUUUUUUUCCAAUAUGAGUAAUAAACCAACAAAAUCAUAUUUAUAAGUUAA